AUGGGCCGGCUCUUCAGCUUCGUCUGCGGACUUACGGCGCUAGCUCACGCCGCUCGCGCUGAUUUCGUAUCAACAGACUACGACGGAUAUAAUGAGGGACUUCUCGGACAUCGACCACAUCUAGAAUUCCAUUCUAGUAGCGAAUAUGCACCAGUCUUACAGGCCAAUGUGUGGAACCAAAGCGCCAUUUCCGAGACGGGAUCACAUAUCUUCUUAAAACAUGACGGCAAUGAGAGUUCGCCGCUUUCCUCGCCUUUAAUUAUCGAUGCCAACGAUCUAUCGGCCGUCUACAUGAACCGCUCUUUCGAAAACGUGUUCGGCACGCGCAUCCAGGAGAAUCAUGGGAAAAAGUACCUCACGUUCUGGGAGGGGCAGAAGGGUCUGGGAAUUGGAGACGGGUAUGGGCUUGCGUUUGACGAGACAUAUCGGCUUGUUUAUAAGAUCUGGGCGCAGAAUAUAAGAGUGCAUAGCGACUUGCAUGAGUUUGCCUUUACGGGCAACGGUACUGCACUUGUCACCGGUGUAGAUGUCAUGACUGGCCGGUCCAGCCAAUUCGAUCCGAGCUGGGGGACUCCCAGGCGAUUCGAGGUUCUGAAUGCUAUCUUCCAGGAGAUCGAUCUGGAGACGAACGAGGUGCUUUUUGAAUGGCGCGCAAUUGAUCACGUCAAUCCCAUGGAAUCCCAUGAACCACGAGGUUCUGGCUGGGAUGCGUACCACUUGAACAGCAUCGAAAAGACCGAAGCGGGCAACUAUCUCAUCUCAAUGCGCCACACACACUCCAUCCUGCUGAUCGACGGCACAACCGGCGACAUCAUCUGGACACUAGGCGGGCCACAAAACGACUUUAUCGAAUUAGAUCCGGCCGAUGGAGCAGAGGGUGCCGAGCCCGUUUUCAGCAUGGCCUGGCAGCACCACGCCCGCUAUGUACCAGGCACAUCAGAGCGUGAAAUGACAUUAUUCGACAACCAUGUCGAAGACACGUCGCACGGGACCUGCAAUACAGAUUGCUCGCGGGGUCUGCACAUCGCCAUCGACGACACCGUCUGGCCACCGACUGUGCAACUUCUCCGCGAAUACCGGCACCCGUCGCAGCUGCAAGCGCAAAGCCAGGGCAGCGUGCAGGUUCUCUCGCACGAGGCCGGCGACAAGGAUCUCGGCAACGUGUUUAUCGGGUGGGGUCGGUGUCCCACGUUCACGGAGCAUAUUGCCACGGGCGAGACGGUGAUGGAUGUGCAGUUCUCGCCGUGGCAUAGCGAGGAGAUCCCGGAUGCAUUGGAUAACUACCGUGCGUACAAGAUGGACUGGGUUGCCACGCCGUGGUGGGAUCCGUCCAUUGCCCCGCGGCUGAGUCCGAAGGGCGAGCUGGUCGUGUAUGUUAGCUGGAACGGCGCGACAGAGGUAGCGGAGUGGGUGGUGAGGGGUGUUGAAGCGGGUCUAGAGUUGAACUCGAAAGGAAAAGUGGUGACGAGAUCUGUCCGCACUGGCUUUGAGACUAAGUUGGUGAUUGUGGAGGAGACGAAGAGCUGGCGGUAUAUUUGGGCUGAGGCCUUGGAUGCCAAGGGGAAUGUGCUUCGGUCGAGCCAGAUUGUGGACUUGGAUGGUGCCACACUUUCCGUUGCUGUUGAUGCCUUUGAUGAGUUCAACUCGACCUUUACCGGUUUCCUUGCUGCAGAGAAAGCUUCGAAGCUGAAGACUACCUCGGGAUUAUCUAAAACAGCAAUCAUUUUGCUUGCGACGGGACUGAGUGUUGCUGGUUUGACGAUACUUGCGGCUGGCGGGCUCUGGUGGUACCGAAAUAGAGGCUACAAUCGUCUGGAAGCUGAAGACUUCGCUCUUGAGUCUGAUAAGUUUGCCUUGGCCUCUGAUGAAGAGUACAGUGAUGCUGAAGCCGACGAGGAUGACGAUGACGAUGAAGAUGGUGGAUCAAGAGACGAAGAAAGCCAAGCUCUUGUUUCCAAUGCAGAGGGUAGAGGAAGAUAG